AUGCUGUGUUAUAUUCUCUUGUCUAUCUUCUUCUUCUUCUUCUUCUUCUUCUUCUUCUUCUUCUUCCAUGUCCCUUCAGGACCUGGUAACAUCCGUUUUACUCUCACAUUGGAAGCUACAUUCUUCAAUCACUUUUAUUCAUCGCACGCACAAGAGCCAUUUCUAUUCUUUAUUCUAAACUUUCUCCUUUUUCAUCUACUGAUCUUUUAUCGGCUCACCUUUCUUUCUUUCUUUCACAGCCAUUUACCUUUCACAUUCAUUUACUUUAUUUAUUUAUUUUUCCUUCUCGGUUAUUUCUCUUUUUUACUCUCAGUAAUUUACUUUGUCUUUCUUUCUUUCACACCUAUUUGUUUGUUCAUUCAUUUAUUUAAUCAGUUUCUGCUAUUUUUUCCUACUCUCCUUCUUAUCGUUUUUCUUCAGCAUUUAUUACUUCUUUCUGAUUUCCAUUCUUAUUUUUAUCACUCUUUUUCAUUCCUCUUUAAAUUUCGUCCAUUCUACUUUUGUAGAAUUUCACCUUCUAUCUUUCUUCUUGUCCUUUUCAAUAUUUUAGAUAUCUGUUUCCUUUCAUGUCUUCUUUUUUCCUUUACUUUUGAUUACUUUCUAUUUCUCUUUCUGUACCAUUUCUCUUAA